AUGAUGUGCGAGGUGAUGCCCACCAUCAGCGAGGACACAGCGCUGAGCCAGCGCGGCUCUCAGAGCAGUGCCUCGGACCCAGACUCCCACUUUGAGCAGCUGAUGGUCAACAUGCUGGACGAGAGGGACCGGCUGCUGGACACUCUGAGGGAAACCCAGGAGAGCCUCGGACUGGCACAGCAACAUCUUCAGGACGUCAUCUACGACCGUGACUCUCUGCAGCGCCAGCUCAGCUCCGCCCUGCCACAGGAGUUUGCUGCACUGACCAAGGAGCUGAACGCCUGCAGGGAGCAGCUGCUGGAGAAGGAGGAGGAGAUCUCUGAGCUGAAAGCCGAGAGGAACAACACCAGGCUACUGCUGGAACAUCUGGAGUGCCUGGUGUCCAGACAUGAGCGGUCACUUCGUAUGACAGUGGUGAAGCGGCAGGCUCAGUCCCCGUCGGGAGUGUCCAGUGAAGUUGAAGUCCUCAAAGCACUGAAAUCCUUGUUUGAACACCAUAAAGCCCUAGAUGAGAAAGUAAGAGAGAGACUACGGGUGUCACUGGAGAGGGUGUCCGCCUUGGAGGAGGAGCUCACAGCAGCCAAUCAGGAGAUCGUGGCCUUACGUGAACAGAAUGCCCAUAUCCAGAGGAAAGUGGCGUCUGGAGAGGGAGGAGAGGACAUACUGGAGGGAAGUGAAGCUCAACAGAAGGUCCACGGCAAGCGUCUGUCCAAUGGCUCUCUGGAGUCGGCCCAUGAGGCGAGUCAGGUGGUGGAGCUGCAGGACCUGCUGGAGAAGCAGAACUAUGAGCUGGCCCAGAUGAAGGAACGCAUGUCCUCCCUCUCCUCCCGGGUCUCCGAGGUGGAGCAGGAGCUGGAGACCGCCCGCAAGGACCUCAUCAAGUCAGAGGAGAUGAACAACAAGUACCAGAGGGACAUCAAAGAGGCCAUGUGUCAGAAGGAGGACAUGGAGGAGCGGAUUGUCACGCUGGAGAAACGCUACCUGAGCGCCCAACGAGAGUCCACCUCAGUGCACGACAUCAACGACAAACUGGAGAACGAGCUGGCCAAUAAGGAGGCGUUCUUAAGACAGAUGGAGGAGAAGAACAGGCAGCUGCAGGAGAGGUUAGAGCUUGCAGAGCAGAAGCUUCAGCAGACCAUGAGGAAGGCUGAGACUCUGCCGGAGGUUGAGGCCGAACUGGCCCAGAGGAUAGCAGCCCUCACCAAGGCGGAAGAGCGUCACGGGAGCAUUGAGGAGCGAAUGAGGCACUUGGAAUGCCAGCUGGAGGAGAAGAACCAGGAGCUGCUGCGGGCUCGACAGAGAGAAAAGAUGAAUGAAGAGCACAACAAGCGACUGUCGGACACGGUGGACAGACUCCUCACGGAAUCCAACGAGCGUCUCCAGCUUCACCUGAAGGAGAGAAUGGCGGCUCUAGAAGAGAAGAAUUUGUUAAUUCAAGACUCGGAAGGUUACAGGAAACAGUAUGAGGAGUCGAUCCAAGAAAAGACUCAGCUGGCAGAGGAAAUCGAGAAACUGAGGUCAGAGCUCGACCAGUUCAGACUGAGGGCAGGCUCCCUCACAGAACCCACCCUGUCGAGGUCUCACCUGGACACGUCAGCCGAGCUUCGAUUCUCUUUGGGAUCUUUGGCUGAGACCCAGUCGGACCACUACCGCUCCGCCAAGGUCAUCCGCCGGCCGAGGAGGGGUCGAAUGGGUCUGCGUGAGACCAAGGCUAAAUCACUGGGGGAGCAUGAAUGGCGCUCACAACAGCUGGGGGUUCUGGGAGGUCACCACUUUGAGAGCGACACUGAGAUGUCAGACAUCGACGACGACGACAGGGAAACAUUGUUUAGCUCCAUGGACCUGCUCUCACCCAGCGGUCACUCCGAUGCACAAACUCUGGCCAUGAUGUUGCAGGAGCAGCUGGAUGCAAUCAACAAGGAGAUUCGGCUGAUACAGGAGGAGAAGGAGUCGACAGAGCUGCGGGCGGAGGAGAUAGAGAAUCGGGUGGCCAGCGUCAGCCUCGAGGGGCUCAACCUGGCCCGAAUGCACCACCACGGAGCCUCCAUCACUGCCUCGGCCACUGCCUCCUCCCUGGCCUCCUCCUCCCCACCCAGCGGACACUCCACUCCUAAACUUGACCCUCGGAGUCCUGCUCGAGACAUGGAACGUAUGGGUGUCAUGACACUGCCCAGUGAUCUGAGGAAACACAGGAGAAAGAUAGCAGCAGUGGAAGAAGAUGGCCGCGAGGACAAGGCCACCAUCAAGUGUGAGACAUCCCCCCCUCCAACGCCACGCACAGUCCGAAUGACACACACACUGCCAGCCUCCUCGCACAAUGAUGCACGAGGGAUCGUGGCCUCUCUGGAGGCUGAGGCCAGCGCCCUGAGUAGUGUAGCCAGCAGCCAAGAUUCCCUCCAUAAGCAGCCAAAGAAGAAGGGCAUUAAAUCCUCCAUCGGACGGCUGUUUGGCAAGAAGGAGAAAGGCCGACUGGCACACCUGGCACACAGACAGGUCAUGGUGGAUCCACAGGCAACCAUGAUGGACCCAGACAUGGCGGGCCAGGACAUGGGAGUGGGAAAGCUGGGAACUCAGGCUGAGAAGGACCGCAGGUUGAAAAAGAAACACGAGCUAUUGGAGGAGGCCAGGAGAAAGGGUUUACCUUUCGCCCAAUGGGACGGCCCAACAGUUGUAGCCUGGCUGGAGCUGUGGUUGGGGAUGCCGGCAUGGUACGUGGCUGCGUGCCGGGCCAACGUGAAGAGCGGAGCCAUCAUGUCGGCCCUCUCUGACACCGAGAUCCAGAGGGAGAUCGGUAUCAGCAACCCUCUGCACCGGCUCAAACUCCGCCUGGCCAUCCAGGAAAUGGUCUCCCUCACCAGCCCCUCCGCCCCGCCCACCUCCAGAACCCCGUCAGGCAAUGUAUGGGUGACCCAUGAGGAGAUGGAGACCCUGGCAGCCCCUUCCAAAACGUCAGAGUCUGAAGAAGGGAGCUGGGCACAGACUCUUGCUUAUGGCGACAUGAACCAUGAGUGGAUAGGAAACGAGUGGCUGCCCAGUCUCGGACUACCUCAGUACCGCAGCUACUUCAUGGAGUGCCUGGUGGACGCCCGCAUGCUGGACCACCUCACCAAGAAGGACCUGAGGGUGCACCUCAAAAUGGUGGACAGCUUCCACAGAACAAGUUUACAGUAUGGAAUCAUGUGUCUGAAGAAGCUCAACUAUGACAGGAAGGAACUGGAGAGACGCCGGGAGCAAAGCCAGCAUGAAAUGAGAGACGUGCUGGUGUGGAGUAAUGAGCGGGUCAUCCGCUGGGUGCAGAGCAUAGGCCUGAGGGACUACGCCAACAUCCUUCUGGAGAGCGGCGUGCACGGAGCUCUGGUCGCCCUGGAUGACAACUUUGACUACAGCAGCCUAGCGCUGCUCCUCCAGAUCCCCACACAAAACACUCAGGCACGUCAGAUUCUGGAGCGAGAGUACAAUAAUCUGCUGGCCCUGGGCACUGACAGGAGGCUGGAUGAGUGUGACGACAAAGACUUCCGAGGUCCAUCGUGGAGGAGGCAGUUCCCGCCCCGAGACGUUCAUGGUAUCAGUAUGAUGCCCGGAUCGGCAGAGACGCUCCCCGCUGGUUUCCGUCUCACCGCGACAUCUGGUCAUUCCCGGAGGCUGCCCCCUGAGGUCGGACCCUCUGCGGUGCAGCGGCUGGACAGCUCCACGGUGAGAACCUACUCCUGCUGAGAGGAGGAAGAGAGGGACCUUAAACUGUACGCUGUACAGUUCUGAACGGAGAUUUGCUAGUGGAGCUGCUGGACAGGCCGAGCUGCCGAGGAACGAACCAUUCUGACGACACGCACUGCCAAGAAGCCCUGCUCUCCUCCCUGACCCCCCGCCCGCUCCAUCCUCUAAUGUAGGCACCAGAUGCCGGUGCUAAACUGUCCCGCAGGCUGCCCCGUUGUCACCAUUUCUACCUUUUACAUGUACAGUAACUUGUCGAAGCAUAACGUACUGUGUAUUUCUUCUACAGGAGAUGUGUAGGUUAUCUGUAAAUUAAUAUAAAUAUGCCAUUUUUUAAUAUAUACACACACAUCUAUGUAUAAAAAAGAUAUUCAGAGUUUGUGCAAAAAAUAUGUCCCUGCCACCUCAUUUAGUGGACCAUAGAUUAAUAUAUGCUGCUCUUUAAACUGUCUCCAUAUUACCCCGC